AUGGCCGCCGAACCAGCAAAGCAAUCAGCGCUCCAAUCGCUAAGAAAUUGGGGAGAAAACUCCGUCCCUCCAACCCUCCUAGCAACUCUAAUCACCGCCCAACAUGCACGCCCCUUCCAGCCUCUACCCAUGCUCUUCCCACCAAUCCUGCUUUUCUCAUCCUACCUAAACCUUUCCAACUACAAGACCGAUGCGGCGGGUGUCACUGCAGCCUGGAGUGGCUUGUAUGCUUUGCUCGCCAUGCGCCGGUCACAAGGUCUUAAGAACAAGUUCACUGUACGAGGCGCAGUAAGAGGUGCAUCUCUCGCACUCUGCGCCGUCAACAUUGUCGGAUGUGGAUUGGCAUACACGUUUGGGAAGAGGGAGAAGGAAGAGAAGAGUGCUUAA